CGUGGGCGGACGAGAAUUGUUAAAAUGCAUCUUAAAUUAUCUUUUUUGGCGGUCAGUCUCAGCUUGAUUCUGCAACUGGAGCUUCAUCAGGACUUUGCACAAGCUGCCAGCAUCCUGGGAAUAUUCUCCUACCACCUCAGUUCACAUUUUCUGGUUCUGCGUACGUUUGCGGGAGCUCUAGUCAAACGAGGGCACAACGUAACAUUGAUUACACCAGAGGGAAUGCCGCCGGAUAUCGAGGGAGUUCGACAUAUUCGCAUUCCCAAGCUAAAUAAACGAGUGCAGGAUAUGCUCGAGUCUGACCAACUUUUGGACUUCUUUGGCAACAAGUGGAUGGAAAGCGUGAUGGCCGUCACAAUGCUUUCCAAUAUGUCCAAUGAUAUCCUAACCGACGAUGCUGUUCAAAGGAUGCUGCAAGAUAGAAGCGAACACUUCGAUCUGGUCAUGAUGGAACCAUCUGGCCUUGAGGCCCUCUACGGCCUGGUGGAGUACUACAAUGCCACUCUGAUAGGAUUGUCCGGUGGAACUGUCAGCUGGAACACCGAGGAACUCGCUGGAAACCCAGCACCAAACAUCUACGAACCCAUCUCCCCGAUCGGCUACUCAUGGGAUCCCUCACUGCUCAACCGGAUCAAUAAUUGGAUCCAUAUAUGUGAGGAAAAGCUUUUGAAGAACCUGAUCGUCCGGCCUGCUCAAGCGCGCAUCUUCAAGAAUAUCUUUAGAUAUUCGGAGCAGAAAUUCGAGGAGCUGCGACAAAAGUACUCGCUUAUCUUGAUCAACAACCACUUCAGCAUGGGCAGAGUGCGAGCUAAUGUACCAAAUAUCAUAGAAGUCGGAGGCCUGCAUCUCAGUGAGCCACCGGAACCAUGUGAUGAGAAACUGCAGAAAUUUUUGGACGAGGCGAAGCACGGUGUCAUUUACUUUUCGAUGGGACUAGACAUCAUGGUGCAGUUCUUGCCCGAAAACAUGCAGCAACAAUUGAUGCAGUCAUUUGCCCAACUAAAACAGCGGAUUGUUUGGAAGAACGAGUUCUUCAAUAUACCCAACAGAACUGAAAACAUAUAUGUGAUUGAAAAGGCCCCUCAACGCCACGUUCUCGCCCAUCCAAAUGUCCGGCUUUUCAUCACACACGGAGGACUACUAAGUGUGAUGGAGGCGGUUUACAGUGCAGUUCCGAUGCUGGGGCUACCAGUGUUCUUUGACCAGUUUAUUAUCAUGCGGUAUGUUAAGCAAGGCGGCAUGGCCGAGAUCUUGGACACUAAUGCAUUGAACGCAGAAAUUUUGACCACAAGCAUUCGGGAGCUGCUCGAGAACCCCAAAUAUGCUGAUAGAGCAAAGAAGAUGUCGCAAUCCUUCCGGGAUCGACCGAUGAGUCCUUUGGAUACGGCUGUCUGGUGGACGGAGUACGCCCUACGCCAUCGGGGUGUCAAUCACUUGCGCCUCAAUGUAGAGGACAUUUCACCAAUACGGUACUACAACUUGGAUUGGCUACUUCUAUUUGGUCUUCGGUUUGGAAUUGUAAUUGGAUCUGUGAUCUAUAUCGGCUUCAAAAUAUUUAUGAAAAUUCGGGAAAAGCAACGACGGCGCCGGGAUAGAGAAAGGGUUUCUCUGCAGAUAAUGUUACUUCAGUCCAGAUCCAAAAUAUAUUAAUUUUUUAGCA